UUCAAUUUAAAAACAUCAAGGAAAAAGUAAAAAAUCACAAAAAAGUGGUAUAAUUAAGAAAGUUAAAAGUAUUAUUUCAUGUCAGCGAAAAAUAUAAGUGUAAUGUAAAUUAUGAAUUUCCUUAAUGAUUCAUUUAAAUCACUGAAAAGUGCACUGGAAGUUAAUUUUGAGGAAGAAACAUCAGAAACAAUAAAGUCAACAAAAGACGAGAAUGACAAUUUAAAGAAAUUAUGCCAGCAUCAGUUAGAAGAGAUUGAACUGUUGCGGAAACAAAUUUUUGACUACCAACAAUCUAAAUUGAGUGACACUAGAUCGUUGUUAGAUAGCGAGAAACAACAACAGAAUGCAAAUAAUUCAUCAGUCAGUCAACAGCAGCAGCACAGCAAUGACAAUUGGUUUUGGGAAAAAGAUGCAGUUGAGUCACACGAUGUGGAACAUGACUUGACGACAAUUCCAUUGGACUCAAAUGAGCAUGAAGUUAUUGAAAAGUUGCAGCGGCAAUUAAAUGAAAAGGAAUCAAAGGUUAAAAGCUUAAGUGUUGAAAAUGCUGAGCUGAAUGAAAAAUUGAAGCAUGUAAAUGCUGAGAAUCAAGAGCUUAAUAAAAGUAUUGAGGAAUUGGAUUGGCAGCAUCAAGUUGCAGUUGAAAAAGUUCUCGAUGUGAAAAAUUCUCUACAAGAAAAGUUGAAUGCUACGCUUGAGGAAGUGAAAGGCUUUGAGAAUCAAAAAAAUGAGCUGAUAAAAAAAUACCACAACGCGCUUGAUGCUAAAGAUGCUGAAAUAAAUUCUUUAAAUUCGCAAAUGGAACAACACAAGAUUAAUAGUGAUGAGAUGAUAAAUAUGGCGAAGAAAUAUGAACUUCAAAUUGAAGAGUAUGUGGAGACAAUGCAGAAUUAUGAAAGUGAAAUUACAGACCUAAAAGAAACUGUCAAAAAUCUCAAAGAGAAUACACCUAGCAACAAUAAUGAAUGUCUUCAAAAAAUUAAUUCACUCAUAAAUUCCAAUUUUAAAUUAAAUGAGCAGUUUACAAGUGAUGACAGCUUUAUGGAAAGAUUUUCUAAAUGGAUCACCACAACUUCCUUAAAAGUUCGCGAAAUGGACUUUGAAAUAUCGAAAUUAAUCGAUGAAAAUAAGCACAUUAAGGACGAGUCUGUAAAACAUGUUCAAGAACGAGACGUGCUAAAAUCUGAACUUAUUAACUAUGAAAUUGAAUGUUCAGAAUUGAUGAAAAAUAAUAAAAUUCUAAGAGCUGAUAUUGAGAAUCUUCGUUCUUCAGGUAAAUUGGAAACAAUCAUGGAAAAUGAUGAUGACGAAGAAGUAGAUGGAAUAAUGCCAAUUGUGACAAAUAAUAAUAAAAUUAUCGAUGAUGAAUAUAACUCGAUGAUAACAAGAUUAGAAGAGACGGAAGUUGAACGGACUGAAUAUUUCGAUCAGAUACAAUCACUCAAAAGUCAACUGACCGAAAAUGUCGCACGUUGUAAAAGUUAUCGAGAGGAAAUAGAGAAUUUAGAAAAUGAGAAAUGUAAUUAUUUGUUCGAGCUUAAUGAGUUGAAAUCGGAAGAGGAAAGGAACAUCCUGCAAAAAGAACUCAAAUACUAUAAAGAUCGCGAGAUUGAGCUUCAAAAUAGACUCGAUGACAUCGAAAAAGAGAAAGAAGAUGUUUUAAAGAAAUAUAACGAAUUGGAAAAAUCAACAUCUAUGCAAAUUGAAGCUUUAUCCACAUCACAAAAUACGACAGUUGAGGAAAGCAAUAAGCUACUUAGUGACAAGGAGAAUGAAUUGAAAAAAGCACUGAGUGAAUUGGAAAGACUGAAAGUAAUGAAUGAGCAGUUGGAUGAGCUUAAAAAUGCUAAAGCUUCUACGGCUCAAAAGCUUACUGAUAAUGAGAAGCUUUUAGAACAGCUACAAUUUGAAAAGGAAUCACUUUUAGUAGAAUGCAAUGAGUUAAAGAAACUUAAUGACGCUAAUUUGAUGAAUUUGAAAAAGUCAAAUGAACAGGUUCAGGAAUUGCAAAAGAAAAUGUUAGAAACAUCAGUAAUUGAGGAAUUGAGAGCAAAAAUUGAGUUACUUGAGGAAUCAAGUUCUAAAUUAAUAAGUGAAAAACAGUGUCUUGAAGAAACAAUUUUGGCAUUGACUGCUGAAAAAGAAUCACUUGAGAGGUCGAUAAUUGAACUUACUAGCGAAAAGGAAGUAGUAAAAAAAUCAGCACUAGAACUUUCACAACAAAAUCAGGCACUUUUAUUAGAAAAAGAAAAGCUUUACGCUGAAAGUCAAGAGCUUUUAAAUAAGCAUCAAUCGAUUUUGACAAGCUAUGAGGACCUUACUAAAAUCAACGAAUCAAAUGCUGAAAAUAUUCAAAUGUUAAAUCAAAAAAUAAAGGAAUUCCAGGAAAAACUGUUAGAAACAUCUGAUUCACCUGAAUUAAUCGCUAAAAUCACUUCCUUAGAAGAAUCAUUGACAUUACUAGUAAGAGAAAAAGAAGCAAUAAUGUUAGAAAAUCAAUCGAUAGUGUCAAAAUGCAAGGAAUUAGAGGAAUUAAAUGAUAUUAAUGUCAAGAGCUUACAACAGUCAACUGAUGAAGUUAAAGAACUUGAAAGUAGAUUAACACAAAUGGGAAAUGUCGAUGAACUCAGAUCUAAAAUAACUUUACUUGAGGAAUCAGUAGCAGCAUUUGUAAAUGAAAAAGAAGGCCUAAUUACUCUAGUGACAACAAAACACAAUGAGAAUGUUCAAUAUCACAAUGAAAUCCUUCGAUUAAAUCAGUUAUUGCAAGAGGAAGCGAAAAAGGUCGAAUCUAAUCAAAGUGAAGCCAUGGAACAGCAAAAUGAUCAGAUUAUGUUUCUCCGUGAGAAGUGUGACUUACUUGCACAGAAUUUACUUCAAGAACAGAAUAACUAUCGACUUUUACAGCAAGAAAAGAAUGAUGCGGUUGAGAUGAAUAAUACAUUAAAUAAAGAUAUUGAGAGAUUGCGUCAACAUUUAUUGGAAGUGGCUGAUGCUUACACAUUUGAGCAAGUAAGUCUACAGAAACAAGUUGAGGAUUAUAAAGGAAAAUUAAUGGCCGUCGAACAUGACGCAAAACAAUCAGCUACAGCUUAUACAUCUGCAAAUAUUCGUGCUAAUCAACAGGCUGAGACAAUACAAGCUCAAUACAAUUUACUGAUUCUGCAGCGUGAUGAACUUUUAAAUAAACUUAGUGCAGCUGAGGAUAAUGAUAAUAAAAAUCAGGCAGCUCUCACCAACCUUCAAGUUGCUCUUGAAAUCUUCCAACGAGAUAAGGAAAACGAUAUUGAGCUGAAAACAGCUGCAUUACAUAAACAACUCGAUGGUGAAAAGACGAAGCAAGUUAAAUUACAUGGCGAGAUAAAUCAACUUCAAAUCCAGCUUCAGGAAGCCAAAAAUGGUCUAAUGGCGGCUACACGUUUAAGUGAUCAGCUGGAACUGAAUCAAUUGACAAUAGAUAAACUAAACAAUGAAAUUAAAUCAUAUCAAGACACGAUCCAAUCGUUGAAGAAUCAACUUGAAACGAGCAAUGCCAACACGAGUAAUGCUGAUAUUGACUUGAUAAAAAAUUUAAUUGUCGGAUAUGUAACAGCGCCGAAUGCAACAGCAAAGAAUCAAAUUCUAAAGCUUAUAUCUAGUGUUCUAAAUCUCAGUGAAGCUGAAUGUGUAAGAAUUGGCUUAAAAAGCAUAAAUACAGGCGGUGGAUGGUUCUCGAGAUCAUCAAAUGAUAAUAUUAACAACAAUGUCAGCAUAACGGAAGCUUUCGUGGCAUUUUUAGAGAAGGAAUCACAGCCUAGAGUGAAUGCAAAUUUAUUGACAAUUCAUGAGAAUGAUACAACGACAGCGACAAGAAAGUCCUCAACAAGUAGUAAUAGUGGAAUCGAUAUGUCUGGAAGUAAUGCAAAUUCAAGUCCUGAAAAUCCAGCACCUAUACUUUUAGGCGAGAAUACACUGUUAACGUCUUAUAAUAGCCGCAAUAGUUCUUCAAUUCUCAAAAAUAUUCUGCAUGAUGAAACAUGAUUUUCAUUUUAUUAAAAAAAAUUAAUUUAAUAUUUUUGUAUGCCUUUUUCCACAUUUUCGAUGUAUAUUUUUCUAUUUCCCUUUUUUACCUUUUUUUUUUAUUAAAGUAUCUC